CUGAAGUCGCGUUCGCGUUGUCAUCAUCGCUCCAAAAACCUCCGUUGUUGACCAAUUUGUGCCGUUUUUACAUAUGCAAACGUGUGUUUUAUUGCAUAAAAUACGCAUAAAAUUUGCUAAAAAAUCCUGUGUCAACUGCACUCAUUGGUUCGGGUUAUAAAAAAUUUGUGCAACAAGUGGUUUUCAACUCGCUUUUAACUUGCCAUCCAAAGUGCCUUACACACACCGACGCGACGCGCGCACACAGACUUAGUUCUUACCUGCCAGCCAGCCUGCACACACAUACUCGCGCAUACGUAAGCAACAACAAGUUGUGAGCUGUCGUCUUCGAGUCCAAUAAGAUAAUUACGCCGAAAAAAUGCUAAACGCAUGCACAUAAUUUAAUUAAAGAGCUCAGUCUCUCUCAUUGAAUAAAUUCAACAAGCAAAUCAAUUGAGAGUGAGAAAGUGCUAACAGAAAAAACUGCCAAAAUCCCCAACGCGAGGAUCAGUAUCGUGUGUGAGUGUGCGCGUGUGUAAGUGUAUGUGAAAGAGGAAGAAAGUGAGAAAGAAAUAGAAGAAGGAGAGAAAGAGUUAGCAAUCGAGAGCACUUAAUAACAGUCUCUCUUCUUUUACAAUAUAAAAGGCAUUAUACAAAUUGAUACAAGUGAUUUUAAAUAUAGAUUACAAAGUCCACUUAAGUAAAUACCACAACAACGCAGAUAGCAACAACUAAAGAAUAUCAGCUGGAACGUGACGUACUUUGGCAUUAAUAUUUAAAACGAUUAACUAACCAAGGCAAUCGGUAAUCGGAAUACGAAAUACGAAUUAUGGAAUCCAUGGAAUAUGAAAUGGCACGCAACAUGACGUUGCUGUUCUUCCUUGAGCGACUGCUGGACAAGGGGGAACCCCGCACUGUGCACGAUCUAUCCUGUCAGUUUGGCAACAAGGAGUUCACCAAGGAGAUGCGACAAAUCGCCGGCGGUAGUCAGUCCGGUCUCAAGAAAUUUCUCGCCCAAUACCCAUCGAUAUUCCUGGUCGACGGCGACUAUGUGCAGGUGAAUGCCUAUCAGCACAGCAGCUCCGAUGAUGGCAACAGCGGUGGCAAGCGCGACUACAUCCAAGAGGCUAAAGACUACUUCAAGAACAAGAUGCUGCAGUAUGGAGCCGCUGCCGAGGUUCCCGUGCGCAGUCUACUCGGCCAUCGAUCGCAGGCAUCGCCCCAAGUGCGUCACAUAUCGGGUCAGCACAUCAAGGAGUUCACCGACUUUCUGAUGAAGCACACAGACACCUUCAAGGUGGUCGAUGACUAUGUGAUGCUUGUGGGCAGCGAGAAUAUGACCGAUUUGCCGGCCCGGGAUCGUUUGCAUCUGCCGCAAUCGAACAUCGAUACGCGUGGCACACAGCAAAUGCUCGACUUUUUCGCACAAUGCAUUGAGAUGAAGGGACCGCUGCUGGUGGAUCAAUUGUUCCAUCUGCUGACACUCAACUUUCCGCAGGAUCAAUGGUUGCGCAUGUUCAAGACGCCCGGGGAUCUGAGCUCGUUCCUCAAGCUCUUUGGCGACUGCUUCCACAUACAGGCGAAUCUAGUCACGCUGCUGCAGAAGCCCAAGCUGAACGACUCGCACAUCCAGCAGGCUCAGGCCCGUUCCCGCGAGCAAUUCAAUGCGUUGAACAACAAUCAGAAUCCUCGAAAGGCGGAGCAGCAGAAUGUGAGCUCGGUGCAGCAGCGUUUGCAGUCGCAGGCGAUGCGCAGCAAUGGACUCACCAAUAAUGUGAAUAACAAUGUGAAUAAUAACAACAAUAAUAAUAUUGUUUCGCCGAACUUCAAGCUAAAUGCUCCAGUCUCCAAUAUGACUGGCGGCAAUGGCUUUGGACAAGGUCAAAAUAAAUCGGAGCCCAAUUCGGGCUUUGAUAGCUAUGUGCCAAUGUCGGAGCUGAAGCUGGAGAAUCUCUGUGAGAACAACUAUCCCAGUUCGACGGUCAACUAUGGUCCCAUAGGUGCUGCAGCACAGCAACAGCAGCAGCAACAACAGCAGCAGCCAACAACGGCAGCAACAACUGCGGCGCCAACGGAGCGUUUGAAUAGCGUCAAUCAAACGCUGAAGCAACGCAUCAAUACGCUGGUCAUUCGCACCUUGGCUGAGAAUCUGGAGAAGGACAACAAAUCGCUGGCCAACCAGAACUCGCACUCAAGUCCAGUGCAUGCGAAGGCAUCUGGCAAUGCAGCGGCAACAGCAACAGCAGCCGGAGGUGCUACAGUUGCUGGGGCAACAGCAGCAGCAGGAACAGGAGCUCAGAACAAUGCCAAUCCCUCACCUAGUCAUAGUUAUUUUGUUGGCGAUACCUGGAAAAUUAAAGUGCUGCAGAACACGACAGUCAUUGCGAACGUGAAGCAUUCAACGUUCGUCACCGAGGCACUGCUGGACCUGGCCAAAGAUGAGAACAACAUUGCGGUGUCGCUCGAUUGCGAGGGCAUCAAUCUGGGAAUCAAGGGCGAGAUAACGCUCAUCGAGAUUGGUACAGCGCGUGGCGAGGCGUUUCUGUUCGAUGUGCAAUCCUGCCCGGCCAUGGUCACUGAUGGAGGCCUCAAGACGCUGCUGGAGCAUGAUCAGGUCAUUAAAGUCAUACACGAUUGCCGCAAUGAUGCGGUCAAUUUGUAUCUGCAAUUCGGCAUACUGUUGCGCAAUGUCUUUGACACGCAGGCGGCGCAUGCCAUCUUGCAGUAUCAGGAGAAUGGAAAGCAGGUGUACAAGGCUAAAUACAUAUCACUUAACUCGCUGUGCGAGCAAUACAAUGCACCCUGUAAUCCCAUCAAGGAUCAGCUCAAGCAAAUCUAUCGCCGAGAUCAAAAGUUCUGGGCCAAACGGCCGCUAACCCGCGAAAUGAUGCUCUAUGCGGCCGGAGAUGUGCUUGUGCUGAUACACGAUCAAUUGUUCAACAAUCUCGCGCAGCAGAUUAAACCCGAAAAUCGGCAGCUAUUCUCAGAGCUGUGCUCGGAGCAAAUACUCAUGCAGAUCAAGCCGAAUGAGGUGAAAAUACGCAAGAAGCAGCGCAAGGUUAGCACUGAAGUAUCGGAUCUCAAGCAGAAACUGGCCCAGACCAGCAAGAACAUUGUGCUGUCCAAUCGUGAAAUACGACUGCUGCGUUACAUGGACUUGACGGAGGAUGAGAAAGAGCGACUCAAGGGCUACUACAAAGUUGCCAAGAAGCUGGAGAAAAUGGAGUCUGCUGGCAAUCCAAACAAAGAUCAAAGUGAUUCUGAGGACGAUGCAGAGCCCAAUGAGAAUGACUUCUUCCCCAGCUUGGAUUCUGUGCCAUCGGACAACUCGCUAUCAGGCACAUUUUCGCCGCGUUUUAGCUCUGAGCCGCCGAGCUUAACGGAAUCGAUGCAAAUGCUGGAGGAAAUACUGCAGAACAAAUCGAUGGAUCGAAUAGCGCGCAUCGAUAAGCUCGAGGCCAUAUUGACGACUGCAACAACAUUGCCAUGCGAUCAAAUUAUUACUUCCAAUGCCAUGCAGGAACAGUUGGGGUCCAGCAUUGCAACCACAGAGAAUCUGCAAAUCAUACGCGAAAAGACAAGAAACAUGAAGAACUGUAAUUGCCAUGGGGAGCGCAGUAUUACGCCCAUCUUGAGAUCGACGAAUGACAAGCGAGUGGUCAAACUAGUCGAUGCAGAAUCACAAACGCUGAGCACUGGUGAUGUUGUCAUUACGAAGAUCUUCUUCCAAGAUGAGCACGAGCGCGUCAAGGAUGCGUUGUUGACCAACAGCAAUACCAAUUCACCGAAGCGUGUGGCUUCAACUUGAACGAGUUUUUGAUAACAUAUGAUAAAUGAUUCCUAACAAGCCAAGCGCCGACAUUAUA